AUGAAUAACCUCGAAGCUAAAGGUACGUCAGAAGACUUAAGCCAGUGGGCAAAGUCAGUAUCAAUACUACCAAAAGAUGAGUUUUUACACGAACUUAUGGAGCUGAAAGACUAUGAAUGGCAAAGAGUUGAUGAUUUGGCACCUGUUCUCCCAGUUCUCGACCGAAUUAAUGGACUUUUGCAGGAUUCGCUUUCCACUCAUGAUCUUGAUCUCCUUGGGAUUCUUUUAGACAAGACUCAGAUCCUGCUAAAGCCUGCAACUUCAAAGGCCCUUUACAACUCAAUUGACAGCUUAAUCUUCAUUCUUGAUUUCUCAGAAUGGGAUCUGGUCUAUAAAGCACUUCAAGUGCUUUAUCUAGUAGCUAACAGGAUCAAUCCGACUAUGAAAAGCACGAAGGCACAUCGAAACCAUAAAUUGACCCACAAAUUAUACGUGAUUGGGCUUGGCUCGCAGCUUCACAACAAUACUUCGAUUCCUUUGCAAACUCUCUGCAGUGAUGAAGAGAUCCCUUCCUUCCAAAUCCAAGAAGAGCUUAUAGGGACUAAUGAGACUCCUGAAGACCUCAAAUAUAUUAUUUUGAACCGAAAGAGAAUUAAUGCUUCUCUUCACAGCUUUCAUGACCGCCAACUGAUAGUCUCUUGCCAACUCCUGGCACUGAGCAUUUUUCUGCAAGUUUCACCUGAUUUUCAUAUGCUGCAAGAAUUCAAUAGGUCACUUCCAGAACUGUGGCUGCUGCCUGCAAUUUCAGAACUGCUAAGAAUGCCAGCAAGUCCACAGGUUCAUAUCCAAGCGAUACAUUUGCUAAGUGCAGUUUUAGUCAUGCUGGAAGGGCAGCCAUCUCGUCAUGAAGUCACCCAAAAUCAAUUAAUAACAGCAACUCAUAACUUAUUAGCUGCUUGGCAGCAGCAUGGCUUAAUGCAAAGCUUAUUACGAGACAUUGUAUACCCUAUUCCAGCCUUGAUAAUCACAGAAACAGCUAGAUCGAGUGACUUUAUUGACGGAGUCUUACACUUAGCCAGUAUUUUUGCUGAUUAUAAGUACAGAGUAGAUUCUUCUCAUGUGCCUGGUAUGAUAGUAUCAUUGCUACUUAUGCUGAAAAUGCCUGAAAAUAACACAUAUAGAUACUCUUUAACAUCAAUGGCAAAGGCCACCAGAAUUUUGACUGUUCUCAUAUCGCAUUCCAUUGAUAUGUUUAGAGAGCUAGAUGGUCUCGAUACUGUUCUUCAGUUAACUAAUAACGAAAUUGAGCUAUUGACGAGCCCUCAAGACUGCUUCUACUCUUUUACUGCUGAUAUUAUACCGACAGAGACUACAAGAGCUGCAUUAUUAAGACCAUUGCUGACUCUCCUUAUUUAGCGAAAAAAUUGGAAAAUGCUUAUUUUAAAAAAAAUCUUCCAUCAUUAAAAAUAUUUUAUAUUUUUUUUAAUUUGAUAUAUGAUUAUUAGUUAAUUUAAUUAAUUUUGAGUAGCAUUUAAAACUGAAAUCGUAUUAUUUCAUUUCAAAUAUUUAAAUAUUUGAAUAAUUUCUUUUAAGUGGCCAUCUUUUUGCGAGUAAAAAAUCAUGCUCAGUAAAUAAAUGAGGGAAUAAGGGUAAUAAAAAUUGUGUUGACCAAAGCAGAACCUGGAGCUGCACAAGAAGAAGUUAGAGAAAUUUUGGAAGCUGGCUUGAUAAAGUCACUGAAAAAAUUAUUUGAAAAGCAAAGAUUUGAUUUAUAUGAACCAGCUAUUCAAAUUUUAAAUACAAUAAUCGGAGAAGUCCCUAUUGUUGCUGAAUGGAUAGCAGACGGCACUUUGGUUGCUUUUUUUAACAGCUUAGAAACAACACUGCCCCCAAAUUCCAAACUUAUGGGAGUGAUCACCAGGUUUUUAUGUCAAAUAUCUCUGCAGGCUGAAGGCGUUCAAUUAAUAGAAAGAUUUAGCACGAUUUCAAGAAUUUUACAAGCCCUUGGUUCAAUUGAUACUAGUGUGCUAUCAAAUGAUGUAGCUGUAGGAAUAGGAGAAAGUUUGCAGGAGCUAAUGACCAUUGUCCCUGGGAUCAGAGAUAAAGCUGUUGAAGGAUGCAUUCAGCUGAUUUAUAACUUGAGAUCAUGCGAUUUAUCAGCAAAAGAGUCAUUUUUUACGCAGCUUACCAAUAUAGGCAGACUGCUAGCGAUGCUCUUUAACUAUUCAACUGACUUGAUAAGAGGGUUCUUAGACAAUGGAGGCUUAGAAGAGUUUUUGGGGCUGUUUAGGCUGCCCAUUUUGCCACUGACUUAUAGUAAUGAGUUUCAUACAGUUUUGACAUGCUUUAAAUCGAUUCCUGUAAAUUUGACGCCAAUUGUUCUUGGAAAAGUUUUGGAAGCUUUGAAUCAGCAAUUAGGGAAAAUGGAAGAUAUAAUUGGAGACUUAAAAACGCUUUCAGAUAUCAGCCAUGUCACUGACGACCUAAAAACCCAAUUUAUGUUCAUCUUGACUGCAACUGACUCUUACGUCGAAAUGACGAGACUUGUCCUCCAAUACGGCACUGGAGUCACCAAUAACAUUAAUGAGCUCUGCAACACCCUUAAUAGGCUUUCCUAUUAUAUGAGACUUUUAAUAGCAGAACAAGCCAGACUUUCAGCAUUUAGCAAAUCCAACGAAAAGUUCACAAAUAAAUUCAACAUGCUAAUUGACAUCCAGAACAUAGAAAACGCUGAAAUGAAGAGCUAUGAGGAGAAUUUUUACUUCACUUGCCAGCUUUCUGUGAGGAGGCUGUUCAGGUUUGCUACAAGAAUACCAAGCACAAGAGGCAGACAAAGCGUCUCUGAAGAGGUUGGAGUGAAAAUCAGUAGAGUUAUGGGUGAUAUUUUGGCUGACUUGACAUCAUUGCUAAAUCUAAACAACACAGAUCAAGCACAGGCUUAUUAUUUCUGUCUGCAAUUUUCUGAUAUUUUGAAAAUUUUGCUGCAUGAACAAGGGUCAAGUCCUUCGACAUUAUGGGCCUUUUCACAAGCAGGAGGGUUGGAAAAUAUAUUUAAGUUUGUGUAUCAGCUGAAAGAGAUUUCGUUUAAGCUGUAUAGAGAAGAGAAAUUGCCAUAUGAUUUAGUGAACUCGCUUCAAAUAUUAUGAAAUCUUUCAGGAAAAGCUUUAGAAGGACUAGUGAGUGGAAAAUAUGCAGGCUCUGGAGGCUCAGCUGUUCUGAAAGCCUUAAAUAUUGACGGUCCCAAAGAAGUUGUCAAAAAAAUGCAAAACUCUGUCUUCACCUGCAUAAAGAAUCUUAACUUCCUCGAGUGUGGAAUUGUGUCUAAUGCUUUCGCGAAGUCUGUUUUAGAAGUCUUAAAGCAGCUUUCAGACAUGUCAAAAGAGCAGGCUCCUCAAGUGGAUAACUCCACCACAACCCAGCUCGUCGAAAUGGGCUUCCCAGAAAACGUCGCACGUCAAGCUCUUCUUCAUACAGGCGCAUCCAGCAUUGAAUUAGCAAUGGAGUGAAUUUUCAACCACCCUGAAGCCAAUGAUCUAGCUCCUCCGCCUCCAAAAGAAGAAUCACCUACAAUCUCUAUUAAUUUUGAACAUCUCCACCAAAUGCUGAUAAAUUCUCUUCCAGCUAUUCCAUCUAUGAGUGCAUCAGUAGGAGAAAUUCUGUUGAAAAUUUGCAAUAAAGCAGACGCUCCACAUGCUGAUAUUGCAUUUAUGCUUCUUUCCCUAGUGGGGAAUGUUGCAAAUGAGAAGCUAAAAGUAGGGAGUCUGAAAGACGUGACUGAAGGAAUGACAAAUUUAGAGCUAUUUGAAAUCCCAGCUACUUUUGAGCAAUUUAGCGCUUCCUUGCAAGUUCUUUCAGUCUUAUCGUCGAAAUCAGCAGAUAUUUUGGAAAUUAUCAAAGGGAAUAACUUCUGUGAGCACGCAGUGAAUUUUCUCCAAAAACUCUGUGAUGAGCCUGAAAUAAGUGAAGAAAAUUAUCAUUGGAUAGGCUAUUUAUUUUCUAUUGCUGAUAUACUCGUGAAGUUUGGGGAAACUGGCAAAGCUGAAUUAACGUUCACUUUGGCGAGGUUUGUAAAAGUAAAUAAAGAAAAAGGACCAAUUUUAGAUCAAAAUGAAGUAGUGCUGCUAAUACAGCUACUAACUUCUCUUACUGCCAAUAUUGAAUGUGCAAAAAUAUUUUUAGAUGAGGGAGGAUUGCUGCCACUGCUCACAUUUACAAUUUCGAAGCCAGAACCAAGAGGAAAAGCGCUAUUAACCAGCUAUUUCAACUUAGUUAAGCAGCUCUCAGAGGAUCCUUAUAUUUUGCAGGCUACCUUUGAAAUUGCUAUACAACAGGCACUUAAUGGAACUCCUCAGCUAGAUGUUUUCCUUAAAAACUUCAAAUCCCAGGCUAACCGGAGCAAAGAAAUUUUCCAGCACGCUAUGGAUAAUAUGUGCGUGAUAAUGAAAAAAGAAAAAACAGUUGUUGUGAAAUUAAAAAAAGACCGGAAAGACAUCACAGCUGAAAAGUGGAAAACUAUAGAAAUCCUUUCAACUGCCCUCUCAGAAGCAUAUGAAGACGAACAAAUCGGGAAAUCUGACAUGAUUCUUGGAACUGAGCAUAUUGUUUCUCUGAUGGCUGACAUAAUUCAAUGCUAUCCAAUUCUCAUUAAAAACCUUUUUGAUUUGACCCUAACAGCAUCAGAUCCUUUGUGCGCAGAAAAAACCUCAAAACCUUUUCUAACCCACUUAGUUAGAAAUUUCAUCCCUUUCCGAUAUACUUUACAGCUAACAGAAACCCGAAUAAUUUUUAAUCAGCCAGGCACGAAUCAGUCCAUUUCUCCUGAAACUUAUCAAAGUUGGAUAAAAACAACUACAAAACUCCUAAAAGUGCUGACAUUUAAGCAGACCCAUAGGCAUCCCAACACUCCAGUUGCAGAUCUCCACAACUUGCUUUUACUAGAAAAUAAUAAUUCAAUACUCAAAGCGAGAAAAAGAAUUUUCAGGGAGCUUCGUGAUAUGUUUACAGAGCAGGUAAAGAAGCCUUGGUUUGAAAAUGAAAAAUCUAUGAGCAUUGUGAGAACAGUCUCUAUUACUAUUAUGCAGCUGCUUCGUGAGUCGUCUAAAUCUCCUUUUGUUACUACCAACCCUGCAGAAAUCGCAAAGCUAUUGGUUUCUGACCAAAUAAGUAUGGUGCGGCUUCUUUCAGAGACCGUCAAGAAAGUUGACUUAAACUUCAGAAAAGCUGCAUCAAUUUUGAAUCUAAUUUUGGCACCACUUGAGUUGUUGACCAGAUACAACAUCAACUUCAUAUUACACUUAUCUAAACCUUCUCAAGAAUUAGAUGAAGCUGCAGAAGAGCUCCCACAGCAGGACGAAAAUUACCCAAUAGAAGAAAACAACUCAGUUAGUUCAGGUGAAAAUGAAGGAAAUGAAGAGAUUGAAAUUGAGAUUGAAGAGGAAGAAGAGGAAGAGGAGGAAGAUGAGGAAGAAUUAGUGGAAGAUGAAAGUGAUCAUAUAGAAGAAGAGGAAGCACUAGAUGGAAUGGUACUGGAAAGUCAUAAUACUGAAGCCUUUUGGGCAGACGAUUUUGUUGAGGAUGAAGAAAUUGAACCUGGAAGACAGUGGGGACCUGGCAUUGCAGGUAGACGAGAAGAUCAUAACAGAGGAGAAAGACAUAUACUGGAAAAUGCUUUUCAGCAAGAAGCUGAAGAUGGCAGCGCAAUUUACCAGCCAAGAGAAGCGAGAGGACUGCUCAGAGAAUUUGAAGACCCAACCCAGAUAAUGCAGCUGCUGCGAGACUUUGACUCCUCAAAUGAAGAAUUCAUACAGGUCUUGCUCAAUAGAAACAGAGCACAGCCACGAGAAGCUCCAAUAGAAAGAAAUCCUCCCAGACUAGUUCCUGAGCUUGAUACUGUCGUCUUAGAUGAGCUUGCCCAAGAGUUCUCCACAAAUGCAGAAGAAUUUAUUGCAGAAAUGGAGUCAUUAUCGUCUCCAGAAGAAAGCAAAGAAGAACUCUCAAUAGGCCACGAAGAAAUCGUGAUCCCUCCUAUGCAUCUUGACGAAUCUAUCCCAGAAGAAAUAAAACAAGGAGAGCCGAGUAUCCCUGCAUUAAUAAUUGGAGAAAAUGUGAAUCCCAUAGAAAUAAUCCCUCAUGAAGAACAAAAAUCGCCUGACUCCCCCCCCCCUCCGUGAGCGAACAAAACCAUUAGAAAAAUCGCCAUUUUUUGACCAAAAACCCACCCUCCGUGAGUGAACAAAAUAUUUUUUUAAUAGAAAAAAUUUUAAUAGAAAAAAAAUUUUGCUAUAUAAGUGAUAAUUAGUAUAAUGAAAUCUAGAGCUAAUUCUGUUUAAUUUUAAACAAAUUGCGUUUUAAAAACAUAAAUUUUGCAAAUUAAAUUAAUAUUUGCUUCCCAAUUUUUGCAAAUUAGGAUUUUUUUUAAAUUUCGAAAAAAAAAUAUUUUUUAUAAAAUUUAUAUAUAAAUUGUUUUUAAAAAAAAAAAUUAACCCCCCCCUCCGUGAGUGAACAAAAUUUUUUUGUUCGCUCACGGAGGGGGGGGGGAGUGAGCCUCAUAUAGAGGAAGAGGCCAAAGCGGCUAUUCCCAAUGGAGAAGCUCCAAGUGACCCUUCAGCUGUCCCUGAAGGAAUUGAUCCUGCAUUUCUAGAAGCCUUGCCUGAGGACAUUCGCUCCGAAAUUUUAGCUCAGUAUCGAGCUCCACCUGCAAGGCAAAAUAAUGCUAACGCAGACGAUGACUUUUUAGAUGCUCUGCCUCCUGAUUUAAGGGCGGAAGUAAUGCAGCAGCAGAGAGCAGCUAAUAGACCACCUGAAGAAAUGGAUAAUGCAGCCUUCGUAGCGUCUCUAGCUCCAGAUCUGAGAAGAGAAGUGCUAUUAACUGCAACUGAUGAGUUUCUUGCAUCAUUGCCACCUGAGUUUAUAGCUGAAGCUAGAAUGUUGCAAGAAAGAGUAUCCUUGAUUUUUAUAAAAAUUUGGACAAGUCGUUUUAAGCAUUAUUGCAAGGAUUUUUAAUAGUAGUAAAAUUCAAUUAAUUACAGUAUAAGACAGCAUCGACAAAACUUCAUGAUGGAACGCAACCAAGCCCAACAGCACAGGCCUCCAUCCUUAGAAGAAGGAAAAGCUAUUUCCGAAGUAGUUGCUGACGACAAGCUUGCCAACUCUCUCAUACAAGUGGAAGACAGCUUUUUAGAAGUUUUGCUUAAGUGCUUAUAUAUAGCAAAUCCUGUAAACCGCGAUAUCUUCGCAUCAUUGAUGCUUAACUUAUCAGCACAACAGCCAAAUCGUCAUAAAAUGCUUGACGGUCUCAUUAGUUUACUUCUGCAGAUAACGCCCAGAGAUGAUUUUCCGCCACGACAGCUUUAUGGGUCGGAUUCUCUUAUAGAGAACUACAACCAAGUAUAUGCAGUUGUAUCUGGCAGGAUCCUUGACAUUUUGCAACACCUUGCCAAGAUGAAUCCUAAGGUUUCUUUAGACCUAUCAUCUUCUUCCAAGUUCCGACUUCCUUUGAUUAAAAGUAUCAGAGGAAAUGAUGACAUCAGAGGCUUCCAUUCCCUUAUAGAGCUAGUUGAGCAGCAGCUAUUCAGGACAAGCAGCAGUCAUUUGACUCCCCUUAUUAACUUAAUUUUGGCAAUAGUAGACAAGCAAGGAACAAAUGUUCAGAAAAUAGACCAGUUCGCAAUAAGCCAGCUGUGCAGCCUUUUAAGCUAUAAAAGCUUGAAUGAAGCGACAGUCAAAGUUGUCGUGGAUCUUGUGACCAAACUGGCACAAAAUGAAGAAAACCGGGUUCAUAUAGAACAAGCACUGAACACUGAGGUAAAAGUUCUUGGAGAAGAAAUAGCAGAAUCGCUGAAGAGGAAUGAAACAUCAAGGACAGGGAUUAAGGAAUUGCAACUCUUAAGGUUGUGCACAGUCUUAAGAAGCGUUUCAGGGAAAUCGGAAGGGCUAGAAGGGUUGUGGGGGCCACUUACAGAUGUGCUGAACUCAAUAACAACUUUAGAAUCUGACUUAGAAAGCACCACAAACCCAACAUUAAGCAAACUGCUCCCAGUUAUUGAAACAUUCUUUAUUUAUCACAUGGAUGGGAGUAGAGGAGAGGCAUUCCAGACAUUUUGCGACAAAAACCGCAAGUUUAUCAACUUAUUGGUCAAGCAAAAUCCGAGCUUGUUGAAUGACACUUUCCAUUCUUUGAUAACCCGAUUCCCAUCACUUCUUGACUUUGAAAAUAAUCUCUUUCAGGAAGAUGCCUUAAAGGCCUUACAAAUUAAUUUCUUAUUUUAUAUAAAAAUUAGUUACAAAGUUUUAAAUAUUGCACACUAAAUUGUCGUGUGCAAAAAAUAAAAAGAAAUUAUUUCUUAGCCGAAAUCCGUAAACUUCGCUUAGAGCAAGGUUAUGAAAGCAUAAAGCUUCACGUAAGAAGAGCUCAUGUAUUUAUUGAUAGCUUCCACCAACUGAAAGUCAGAAACCCUAACGAAAUGUAUGGAAAACUCCGAGUCCAAUUUAUUGGAGAAGAAGGCUUAGAUGCAGGUGGCUUGACCAGAGAAUGGUACACCUUGCUAGCUCGUGAGAUGUUUAACCCUAACUAUGCUCGAAAUAAAAUGGUGACGUUGACGGAAAUUGGAUUCCGAGGCGCACCUCCUAUGGAGCUGGUAGGACCCAUUGCUGAUGAAACUGAAUAUACAGUCUCAUUCCUGUCAUAAGUAGGCCUUCAGUUGUGGGGAAGCCGUGCCGAAAAGGGAAUUUUAUUUCUCCCCCGAAGGUUUUCCCUGUCCCUGCCAGAUGGGCUAGACAGGUUUUUCCUACCACAUGGUCUUCCUUCAUCGGGACCAUCGGGGCACUCAGACAGAAGUGGCUCUGCCCAAAGGAGCUGAUCCCUUGGACAGGUGGUUUUGAACAGAAAUCAAGAUGGCGUCGGGCCUGGGAGUAUGGUCGCAUCAGAACCCGACCUAGAGUCGUCUUUCGAGCUGAGGUGUUGAGGUCCGCUGGUUUCGCCCACGUAUGGCCUUUUAAAAACUAACUAACUAACUAGCUAACUAUGCUCUCUUUAUCCCAUCAGCAAACGCAGUCGCAUUCCAACCAAACUCAAUGUCCUAUAUAAACUCUGAGCAUUUAGACUUCUUCAAUUUUGUAGGAAGAAUCAUAGGGAAAGCAAUAUGUGAUGGCUACUCCCUCGACCUUUAUUUUACCAGGUCAUUUUAUAAGCACAUCCUUGGGCAGCAGGUUAAUUACCAAGACAUGGAGGAUUUGGAUCCAGAUUUCUAUAAGUCACUCAAAUAUUUAUUAGGAAUCAACUUAAAUGACAGUGACCUUCAUGAGUAUUACUUUGCCUUAGAAGAAGAGGAGUUCGGCAAACUAGAAGUCAAAGAAUUAAUUCCAGGAGGGAAAACCAUAAGGGUCACCGAAGCCAAUAAAAUGGAAUAUAUCAAGUUGCUUUGCCAUAUGAAAAUGACAAAAAAUAUUUUGAAACAAAUAAAUGCGUUUUUGGAAGGGUUCUAUGAAAUCGUACCAAAACAGCUGAUUUCAAUUUUUGAUAGCAAAGAGCUGGAAUUGCUAAUUUCUGGGCUGCCGGAAAUUGAUAUUGAAGAUUUCAAAGCAAAUACAGAGUACCAUAAUUAUACGAAAACAACGCCUGUGAUAGUAUGGUUUUGGGAAGUCCUUGAAGAAUUCUCACAUGAAGAGCGAGCUGAGUUUUUGCAAUUCGUGACAGGUUCUAGCAAAGUCCCAUUAGAAGGCUUUAAAUCUCUUCCAGGAAUGGGCGGCAUCCAACUCUUCCAAAUCCAUAAAAGUUUCACGGACACCGACCGUCUCCCUACAGCUCACACUUGCAUGAACCAACUGGAUCUGCCAGAGUAUCCAUCAAAAGAAAUCCUCCGCUCAAAACUCAAGCUGGCUUGUAGUGAAGGAAAGGAAGGAUUUGGCUUUAUAUAA